AACAAUAGCAGCUAUACUCUGUAAGAGUUAGUAUUAAAAACCAAAUUAGUAUCUCCCCAAGAGAAAAGUAUUACAAAAAAUAUUAAAUAAUGGCAACUGAAAGCGAAGCUGCAGUUGCUGUGGACUGUUUUGAUAUAGAAAAAGUAGCAGCACUUUUUGAAAGGAGCCUCCAAGAGGACGACGAUGUACGCAUGGAAGACUAUCUAGAAGCAUAUGAGGAAAUCAUGAAAUUCUUCAUGCUGAUGGGAAGCGUGUUCACCUUCGUCAGCAGCGAUGUGCGCAGCAAAUUGGACAUUCUCUACGAGCUAAGGAAACAAGACACGGAUGAGGCUAAACACUUUGACAGCAUUAAGACAAUGCUGCUGUAUGAGAAGGAAGCCAGCCUGCUGCAUCAGAAGGGCUACGUGUCUGGGAGUCGCACAUUGUUGCGACUGCAUCGUGGUCUGGAGUUCGUGUACGAGUUUCUGAAUCGUCUUCAAGAAAUCGCCGAUGAUGAAAAGUCACACCAUGUGUGUAAGUCAGCAUACAACGACACGCUGGCCAAGUAUCACUCAUUCCUCAUACGCAAAGGUGCUCAAAUGGCCAUGUAUGCGAUGCCUACACGUGGCGAUCUCCUCAAGCGCGUCUGUCGCAACGUGGAUGUGUCCAGGGCCGUUGCGAAGCUGCCGGAGAUGUUGCAACACAUGCGCAUUGUCUAUGAUCGAACGGAACAGCUUUAUGCACAAGAAGAGCUGCACAAUCUGCCUUAGAUUCCUUUAGGAUUCAACAUAAAUUACGCUUGUGUCGUCGUCUUGUGGAUGUUUUUCAACUAUUUAUUCGAUGUCUGCAUUCCAAUUUUUGUUUGCAGUGGCUGUGCACGUGUUUGUCUCAUUAAAGCUUAGCAAUGACUGAAGAAUUAUGUUUCUCAAAUAUAUGUUUCACUCCAUA